CUGGUGGAUAUCGCGGAGAAGACUGGAAACCUCCGAGAGUUUAUAAACACACCUUUCAGGGACGUCUAUUACAGAGGCCAGACAGCGCUUCACAUUGCUAUCGAGCGCCGUAGUAAGCAGUAUGUGGAGCUGCUGGUGGAGCAGGGAGCUGAUGUUCACGCUCCUACGAGGGGACGCUUUUUCCAGCCGAGAAAUGAGGGGGGCUACUUCUACUUUGGUGAGCUGCCACUCUCCCUGGCUGCAUGCACUAACCAGCCUGACAUUGUGCACUACCUGACUGAGAAUCCACACAAAAAAGCCGACCUGCGACGCCAGGAUACACGUGGAAACACAGUGCUGCACGCCCUGGUGCACAUCGCAGACAACACCAAGGACAACACACGCUUCCUCACAAAGAUGUACGACCUGCUGCUCAUCAAGAGUGCCAAGUUGUACCCAGACUGCAGCCUGGAGACUGUGCUCAACAACGACGGCAUGUCACCUCUCAUGAUGGCCGCCAAGCUGGGCAAGAUAGGGGUUUUCCAGCACAUUAUCAGACGUGAGAUCAAAGAUGAGGAAGCUCGUCAUUUGUCACGCAAGUUCAAGGAUUGGGCUUACGGGCCCGUGUACUCGUCCCUCUAUGAUCUGUCAUCUCUGGAUACAUGUGGAGAGGAACCAUCGGUGCUGGAAAUCCUCGUUUACAACAGUCGCAAUGAGAAUCGCCAUGAGAUGCUGGCCGUGGAGCCCAUCAACGAGCUGCUGAGGGCUAAAUGGCAGAAGUUUGCUGCUGUCACUUUUUACAUCAGUGUGGUUUCCUACCUCAUCACCAUGAUCAUCUUCACUCUAGUGGCUUAUUACCACCCAACACAGGGAACACCUCCAUACACCUACACAACGUCCUCUGAUUACCUGCGUAUGGUGGGUGAGAUUAUCACCUUGGCAUCAGGAAUUUUCUUCUUCCUCACCAAUAUUAAGGACCUCUUCUUGAAGAAGUGCCCUGGGGUGAAGUCUUUAUUCAUUGAUGGAUCUUUUCAACUGCUUUACUUCAUCUACUCAGUUCUGAUUAUGGUCACUGCUGUUCUCUACCUGUCUGGCAUUGAGGCCUACGUGUCUGUGAUGGUGUUUGCACUCGUCCUGGGCUGGAUGAACACUCUUUACUUCACCAGAGGCCUGAAGCUCACUGGAACCUACAGCAUCAUGAUACAAAAGAUUCUAUUCAAAGACCUUUUCAGAUUUCUGCUGGUGUACGUGCUCUUCAUGAUUGGAUAUGCAUCAGCCCUGGUGUCCCUGCUGAAAGUGUGUCCUCCACCGGGAUCAGACUGUGGUGGAGAUUGUCCAACCUACCCCAAGUGCAGGGACCCAGACACCUUCAGUAACUUCUUACUGGACCUUUUUAAGCUGACCAUUGGGAUGGGAGAACUGGACAUGAUCGACAGUGCACAGUAUCCUGCAGUCUUCCUCAUCCUGUUGGUUACCUACAUCAUCCUCACCUUUGUGCUUCUGCUCAACAUGUUGAUUGCCUUGAUGGGGGAGACGGUUGGACAGGUGUCCAAGCAAAGCAAGAAGAUCUGGAAGCUUCAGUGGGCGACGACCAUCUUGGACAUCGAGCGUUCUUUCCCAGUCUGCCUUCGAAAGUCUUUUCGAGCUGGGGAGAUGGUGACUGUGGGAAAGAACUGCGACGGCACACCUGACCGACGCUGGUGCUUCAGGGUGGAUGAAGUGAACUGGUGCCACUGGAAUCAGAACCUCGCGAUAAUAAACGAGGAUCCUGGAAAGAAUGAGACGUGCCAAGCCAAUGGGUUGCAGCAGAGCGUCAGAGCCUUGAGGAGAGACCGCUGGUCUACAGUGGUCCCCCGGGCGGUGGAGUUAAGUAAAGGUCCACGGAGUCGUGAUCUGGUGGUAGAGAUGGAGCCGCUGACGUCCAGGCACUGACAUUGUCCUUCUUAUGAUGAGGCAGCAGAGAGCAAUCAACAUCAGAAGGAUCACUCUGCAGGGGACUAUUUGGCCAAUUAUUGUACUGCAUUGCACAGACUUCAUGUACCUUUUGUUCAGAGAAAGUAUAAUAAAUAUUACAGUUAGACAGUCUGUGUUAAAGGACUAAGCACAUAGACACACACUGGAUGUAUAAUGAGAUUUUUUUUUUUAAAUUACAGCUACAAAAUAUCCUAAAUACAGUUAAAAAAAAUAUGGACCCUGAGAAAGAAUGAAGAAACAGUAGGGCUGUAAUUUGGUCAUUUUUACAUGUCACCAAAGAAUAGAAACUAUUCUAUAACUCCAUAUUUCAGACAUCAGUGGCUGAUUACUCAGGGAUAUAAAAGAGUAAAAAAUAUUUUAGCAUUCCAAGGCGCAAUUAAGCCUUACAGAAAACAGAAUCAUUAGUUUUCUGUUUUCAAGAAGAACCUAAUUACUGUAUGAUUGCAUUUGCAGUUUUACCGAAAGCUUUUAUAGAAGCGCAAAUCACUGAUUUUGUAGCAAAGGGAGAAAUUUCUCAUAAAUAUUAUACAAUAUCAAUAUUCAUAGGACCUGUAGAAAGAAAUCAGCUUUGAUUUGCUCGCUAAGGAUUAUUUUAAACCAUUAUUUAAAUGUUUAUGGCUUUCAGUGUAUAGAAAAAGAACAUUUGUAUUCUAUGAAGUAUUUUUCUUCUUGUUUAUUUCUAUGUAUUAAUUAAUAGUCUCAAAACUUUAAAGGUGUCGGGCUUCGAUUGCCGGCUGAGGCAGCACAGCUUUCAUUUGAACUGAAACAAUGCACUAUGACAAUUUGUGAUGUGUGCAUUAUUAUACGAACACAAAGACAUUGUUCCGAACAAGAUGGGCAUGAUGAGCAGGUUAGAGUUGUCAAGCAAAUGUGCAAAUGCUAGACAAUAGCCUUCCGUGUUAUAGUUUGUCUUUGAAUUUCCACAGUUAUUGUUCCUUUGCAGCUGGGGUAUUUGCAUAAUCAACUCUCAGGCCUCCCCAUUAUGUGCCUUCCCCUAUUUGCUGCAUUGUUUUCAUUGCAAUUGGCUCUUUGCCCUAUAUAGCAUCUUGUUUAUGCACAACUACUGUAUGUAUGCAUGUAUCUAUGUUAUUGUGCUGCAUGACGGGGUUUGAUUUAGAGAAGAUAAACCCCACAGUUCAUCUUCAGUAUCACUCAUUACUGCUGAAGGUCACAGGCCAUUGUUCAAUAUGUUUACAUUGUUUUCAUAGAGACAAAUGUCUAUAGAUUUUUAUAUUGUGUGUCUAUUGCUGCACAGAACAAUAAAGACUGAAAGCCAAACAGUCACUGCACGCAUUUGUAUAACAUUUGCUAUAAAAUCUUUUUUAUGAGGAUGUUUUCAAAUCUGUUCUAAAUUGUUUCAUAGAUUUU